AUGUCUAAACAGAAAGGAAACAAAGAAUUUAAAGUGGCAAUAUAUGCUAGUGAGUACAAACAAAUAUGUGCCUGGGUUUUAAAGAACGAAGUUCUUGAGACAGGCGGUGAUUUGUUCGGUUUGUGGUCCGGUGACCACACCGCUGUAGUACAGCUUGUACUGGGUCCAGGGAAAGACUGCAGACGUGCGGAGCACUCGUUCUACCAAGACGUGGAUUAUCUUGAAGAAGUUGGUUCCCAUUUGAUCGAGAAGGAAGGAGUUUGUCACAUUGGAGAAUGGCACUCACACCACACGAUCGGUCUCAAUCGACCGAGCGGUGGAGACGAAGGAACAGUAUGGAGAAACAUGCCUCGGUACGGCCUGCGCCGCUUCCUGUUAUUCAUUGCUAACAUAGAACAGCAAACUGCAGUCAGCAUCGGAUGCUUCCUGUUUGAAUUUGAUGGAGAAACCAACCGGAAGUUACCUGUAAUGCAAGGAACGUUUCAACUGUUGCCAAAUGAAAGUCCCUUUCGUUCAAAGUGUUUAAACGUUUUAAGGAAAGGUUCUGAGGACAUGAACAGCGAUGAGGAAGUGUCUCUUCUUCAAGAAAAAUCAGCCGAAGAAACGGAGAAAGACGUGAAGCGACCGGGAUUUGUGGUGCCGCCAAGUCGCAAGCGACAGGGACCAGUCAUUUCAGAUGAUAUCCCUCCGAGGGCCAAGAGAGAUUGUCAUUAAUGCAGAACGGCGAAGGACCUAAGUCUGACAGAGUGACGAUUCAACGUCCCUUCUUGAAAUGAAAGAAUUUUAGUUAAAAAAAAUCAAUUCCUAAACUAUUUUCAUAUCCCAAGCACCCUGUUUGUUCCUAUAAAAAUAUAUUUUGGCCUAAAUGGACACUGAUAAAGCUCUUUAAUCAAAAGUAAAACCAGAAGGCAAAUAUGUUUUUUCAACUUUCCUCUUAUUUAUGCCUAAAGUCGGCAAGUGAGUCGAACUCAUCUCAGUUAAAGAAAUUUGUGGACAGAUUUAUCUGUAAACUGGAAGGAAAUAGAACAAAGCUCAACAUGUUAUUAACCAGCUUUUAAUGUCAACAUCAGCAGUGAAAAGCUGAUGCUUUAUUAGCUGUUGCCUUUUGUAUUCAUUGCUGUUGAGAAUUUUUUAAAUUCUCAAUCUCAUUUCCAGACCCCAUGUAAUUUUGGAAUAUAUAGUCUCGUCAUUUUCUUUAACGGUCACUUAAUAUCACUUUUGAAAAUAUAUGUUGAAUAGCAUACGAAACGUCAAGUUUAAAAAAAUGCGAAAACUCACAAUGUUUAUCACCGCUGUUUGUGUUUUAUAUUUAAAUAAACAAAAUUGUUUUCUGCUCUUUAUCAACGAAUCUUUAUAUAAUUUAUUUGAAACUGCGGUCAAGGUGGGAACUGAGUACCAGUAAUGUGUACGUUACUGGUACAAAAUCCCUGUUUCCACUAUUUUAAAAAAUGAUGUGGAUAUUUCACAUGACAGAAAAAACUGUUCACACUUUUACUUCCAAAUAACUAGGCAUUAUGCCGGGCACGCCAUACUGAUUUGGGUAGUUUGAAGUUGUGUGACGCUGCGGUUUUGAUCCACGGUUGGCGAUUUCCGAGAAACUAAAAAAAUGAUAAUGGUGACCCCUGAGAAAGAAAAAGACAGCUGUCUGAUGCAAUUGAUUUGAAUAAGUGUUAAAUGAAUUUCUAGGAAUUUCAACGUGAUAAACAAACUCAACAAGCCAUGACCAUGUCUCUUUUUCGAUAAAAACAACGCGAACUGGUUUUAUCGGCAUUAAUGUAUUAAAUCGAGGAAGUCUUUGAAUGUCAGAAGAGCCAGAAUGUCCGAACAAAGAGACGACGAACAAUUUAAAGUGGUGAUAUAUGCCAAUGAGUACAGACAAAUAUGCGCAUGGGUUUUACAGCACGGAUACCUUGAGACUGGUGGCGAUUUGUUCGGUCUGUGGAAAGACGACCACACUGCUGUGAUUCAGCUUGUACUGGGUCCGGGGAAAAACUGUCGAAGGGCAUCCGCCUCCUUCUAUCAAGACGUAGAUUACAUGGAAAAGGCUGGAUCACAACUGAUUAAAAAGGAAGGCGUUUGCCACAUUGGCGAGUGGCAUUCCCAUCACAAAAUUGGUCUCAAGCAACCUAGUGGCGGCGAUAAAGGAACAGUCUGGAGAAAUAUGCCUAAGUACGGCCUCAAUCGCUUUGUCUUAUUCAUUGCCAACAUUGAGAUGCAAGUCAACUCUGCAGCUAGUGUAGGUUGCUUUUUGUUUGAAAGGGGAACUGCCGAUCAGAGUCAGCGUAUGACACAAGGACAAUUUCACCUGCUGCCAAGUGAGAGUCCUCUCCGAGAAAAAUUCCAAACAGAUUUGGAGGAAGGUUCUGAGACAAUUAACCAGAAGGAAGAGAUAUCUCGCAUUACUCUGUUUACAGCAGACCAGUCAGUCGAGGCGACUCAGCUUGCGACUCGGCCGGUUAUGUGCCGGAAGGGACGCCCAGUAUCCCAACUUGAAGGAGAACUGGCGACAGCGAACGAAAAUAUGACUGCAAAUAAAUCAGUGAGGUAUAGAUUAAAAAGGCGCUGCCCUUUAUUCUGCACGACGCUAUAGAAAGCAGGUAACAGAUUUAUACCUUGCAGCGGAAGGAAGUCUCUUUUUGCAAUUACUUGGCUUUCUCGGUGCAGCUCUCACCAGGAACCGAUGUUUAAUUAUAUACAGUACAAUAUACUAUAUUUUACAUACUCUUCUCAUAUUUUACCACUGCGUCGAUCAGAUCUUUAAAAGUCGUAUUUCCGCCGUUCAUGUCAUCUUCACUUAAUACAUCAAGCAUGAGACGCAGUGUUCCAUCACCAGAUGAAACACCGAGAAGGGAUUUGAAAAUACGACGCGCAGCGGAGUAUUUUUGACAAACUACGAGGUGUUUUAUCUGGUAAUGAAACACUGUGUCUAAUGCUUCAUAUUACUUCUCAAACAAAAUGAUUUUAGAAGCAUCAAUUCAUUAAGGAUGCAAAAAUGAGCAGUUUUUCAUCUGAUUUUCUCAAACUCAUUAAUAAUUCAUAAAGAAAAUUCAAAGGAAAUUAAUGUUUAAUGAGUGUUUGGACAUCGGAUGAAAAACUGCUCAUUUUUGCAUCCUUAAUUUCUCCUUCAAAAAUGAUUUUGUUUGAGAAGAAAUAUCAAACAUUCGACACAGUGUUUCAUCACCAGAUGAAACACCUCGAAGUUCGUCAAAAAUACUCCGCUACGCGUCGUAUUUUCAACUCUCUUCUCGGUGUUUCAUCUGGUGAUGAAACACUGCGUCUCAUGUUUGAUAUAUUACUUCAAACACUGAUUGAACAUUAAUUUCCUCUAGAAGUUCUUUCUUUCACAGGUUAAGCUGAUCUCAACAAAUUGUCCUGCUCCCAAUGCAGCGCUAACGCGGAGGCCAUGGGUUCGAAUCCCGUUGAAGUCCCGAAAUUUUUUUCUGCUUUAUUUGCAACUGCUUAUCAUUUAAACUUCGCAGAAUUUAAUGUUACAUGUAUAUAUAUUUUAUUAACUUCGCAAUAUAAAGGAACAACGUACUGGCAUAAUGUUAACAUGUUUAUGUUAUGUGCGUAAGUGUAUAAGUUCCUUGAAAUCGUUGAAACACUUGGUAACUCUUAGUUAACUUUUCUGCGUAGUGCUCAGUCUCGUUAUGCAUUAAUGGCUGCGGAAAUUGGAGAAAACUGUCCACGUGUUUGGAAAAUUCCUAAUCAGCCAUCCUGUGUGUGUUUUUGUUGCUGUUUUUGUUGUUGUUGUUAGUUUGCUUCAGUGUUUUUUUCUUGUCCCACCAUGCUAGGAUAGUAAGUGAAUAGUGUUUUUAAGUAAACCGAAUUGCGAACAGACUAGACAAACCGUAUGUGCUAAAUAGCAAGGGUUGUUGACAAUCCGUCUCCUCUAUUUAAGAAAAUCGUAAUAUCAUAAUGGACCCAUAAUGCCCAUGAAUAAUGCUAAAUGAAGAUCAAAAUAAAGGAGCUUUUUGCUUGACUGAUCGAUCGACUGAUAGAUAGAGACUUUAAAUGUCAUUGUGAACUUGUUUGUGAUACCAAACUUGUACUCACUUCCACGGCACACCAUCACCCCAGGCCACGCUCGAAUUAUUCCCUAUUCCGGAAUCCGGGAAAUUUCAGCUAAUGUGGAGUCCGGAUUUUGAGAGAAUUUUACUUGUGGAAACUGGAACCCUGGGUUUUGGAAUUCGGAAUACAGCACAAGGAAUCCGGAAUCCCACCAACGAUUGGAAUCCAGAAUCCAAGUUCCACUGACAAAGAAUCCGGGUUCCAGUACCUAGAAUCCGGAAUUAUAUGUUGAAAUCUAUAAUCAAUCGCUUGUUUUUUGCUCCCGAAAUACUGCCUCACAAUGAUUCUUAUGAAAGACCAUACAACACUCCUCACAUGUAUUAAAAAUGUUAUUAACGCUAUCUUUCUUUUUUCUCAGAAAAUCUCAUUAUAAGGUAUGAUAUAAGGCUAUAUUUUGUCGCAAAAUUGUCAAUGUUACUUAUUGUAUACCUGCCAACUCUCACGCCUUAGGCGUGAGCCUCACGCCUGCGGGUUGAAAACUUCGAUCUCACGCCGGCUCACGCCUGCGGGCCAAUUUCUCACGCCUGAUUGAAAAAUGUGAGUUGUUGCCGUCUUGCUUGACACAAUUUCCAAAAAUAUGUUAACUCAGACCCAUGUAAGGAAGGAAAACCAGGUGUAAAAUGAAUAAAUGACAAUACCUUCCUCGCGAUCUCUGAUUUUUAUCAACUAACGUCGGUCCUUGUGGGUAAGCGUUUUCUCGAUAACUUCGCCUUCGAUAGACUUCGGACGUCUUCGCAAGACUUCGGACUUCUUCGGGAAUCUUCGGAAAUGAUCGUGUCGUCUUCAAAAAUUCCAGCACUCCCAGGAUAAAAAUCUCAGGCUUAUAUCUCAGAAAAAGUUGGCAGGUAUAUUAUUGAGUAAGUCUGAAAUAUACACUUGGUCUUAAAACUCCAUUUUCCUUCGCUAUUAAUUGUUGACAGGUAUCAUUCUUUUUCUGGAGGUAUUUUCAAUGACUUUGCAUUUGUCAGUGUGGAAAGCAUGACAAGAUCGGUUUCUAUUUCCUAAUUUAGAAGUGAAGGGUCAAUUGUCUUUAUACCUUCAAUUCCAAGAAAUCAGUUAGACGUUAUUAAGUAUGUCCUGUGAGUAGCGCGCAGCUGAUUGGCUCGCUUUCCAAGCUCCUUUAUGACAGUGGUAACGCUGGCUAGACUUAAGCUAUACUAAGAGAACGACCAUAAGAUAAGUACAUCUAAUGAGGACAAGGUGAAAAUGAGUUGGAGUUCACAGCAACAGCGAAGACUUGGCAUGGAGAAAGGAAUUUUGGAGAAAAAACUGAGGAAUGUGUCCUGGUUUAAUGCCACAUCGAGAGGCAAUACAAGGGUCGAAUGGCGAGUCAACACAAACAACGGAAAAGGCUAUACUCUGCGCGUUUAUAUCCCAAAAGAUUUUCCAGAUGAGUGCCCCAUAAUGGUUGUAAGCUCUCCCUCCUCGCCUUUGAAGAGAAAGGAUGGUUCACUUCUCAACGGUUCAAGCGGUAAGCAACAUACACUAGCAGCCCACGAUGGAUUGACACAAAUUUGCCACUUUAAUUCAAGUCAAUGGAUGAGCCAGAACACUCUUUAUCAGAUUUUGAUGAAAGGCCGCUUAUGGUUGGAAGCUUAUGAAAUUCAUCUACAAACUGGAGAAGAUCUUGAAAAAUAUUUGCCACACAUGCAGUGACUAUUCAUUUGAACCGGCUGAAAGAAGCGAUGUUAAUGUGUUUUGGGAGUCGAAACAUGUGGUAUAAUAAAAGCAAAAGACAGUGGUGACACUAAAUUUGCAUUAACCUAGAAUCGUUUUCAGUCAAAGCAAAAGGAAUUCCCAGAAAUUUAAGUUAAAUAAUUUGCAACAUUUGCACAUAAGCUGGGUUUAAUUCUUGUUUUACAAUUAAUUUCUUAGUUUCAAAAGCUAUAAUCAAUAAAAGAAACUGCUGAAAUCUUUGAAGAUUUAUUGGAAGCCCGGACAAAAUGAAUCAAUCAGUUGAAAUUCGCUUUGAACUACACAGGUUAACUCUCUAUGUAUGUACUCGAAUGAAGAUUGCUUAAUACCUGAGGAACUGAUAAUGUUAAUUAAAUGAAGCUGUCAUUUCAGUAUUUUUAGAAAACACCUGAAGUAAACAUUUCUUGGAAAAAACGGAUGUAAAUAUUAAACGUUUGCAGGGGGGGAGGAAAGAGCGCUGACAGAAAAGUGGGCAAAGAAAAGCGGCUUUGGCAUACAUUAGGAGUUAAAGAACUGUUCCAGUUACCUUACUCUCAUGUCGCAAAAGACAAUAGUAUUCUGGACGAUGACCCUGAUAAUAACAAUAUGAGCAGCACCAAUUCACAGGAUCAACAAAUUCUUGCCCAAAUUGAUCAGUGCACAACAAGUCACCUCACUUCCCACUACCCAGUCUUCCAGUUUAGUACUUAGUCUCACUCAGGUGCCUUUCCGUUUCAUUAUUCAAGCGAAUGCUGCUGAGUACACAAGUGCAAACCUUAACGGUAUUUCUUGGAUUUAGAUGGACUAGUGGACCUUUUGAUUUGAUAGUACACAUGGCCUCAAGACAAAGAAUGGUUUUUGACGAAAAACUGGGGAAACCUGUCCCGUGGAAGCCAACAUAUCAAGAAUUUGUAAAAAAUCCUGAAAGAUAUCCGGAAUUUGAGACAACGAUGAAUUACAACACUGGGCAGUUGGAGGUUACCCCUAAAAAAGAAGCGGAAAAGAAUCCUGAUCGACAAAUUAUGACUGAAAUGGUUGAACAAGGCUUUUUCCUACUGGCUUGGAACAGCUUUGUCAUAGAUGGCACUUUGUGAGGAAUGUGUUAGUUAACUUAACAUUACUGCAUUAUUUUGCGGAGUGACAUUCGUCUGUAGAAGAAACUGGAAACUACUUUGUAAAAGUGAAAAUUGUCACGUAGCUCUUAAAAUGUUUUAAGCCAAGAUGACGAGAAACUAGGGUCAAAACUCUGUUUUGUUACUUAUUAAGCCGAAUUACUGUUUAGUAUACAUGUAUCCCAGAUGACGAGUUUUGAAAUCAUUCAGACACGUAAAUGUUUCGUAUCUAUAAUACAUAUAAUUUGGUUUUCAGCGGAAGUUACUUUGUCCAUCUUAUCAUGUAACUAAAUGAAUUAAUACGGGCAUUAUAUCAGAUCUUUACCGUAAGCCUUGCUGUUCAAUUUAAUUCAGGUUCUUAGCAAUACAAGCUGGCACAGUGCUCAGAUAUAGUCAUGUGAAUUUUUUGGAGUAAAUUAUGGUGAUGUCGGUCGCACACACUCCUUGUUUUAAAGUGAAGAGACAAAACUGUGUUCGAGUCGGUCUUUGCACACGAUAAAAGAUGAAAGAUAUUGAGGGCGACGGGAGGCAAGUCAUGCUGCUCACUAUUUAGUCGCUGUGAGAUCAUACAAACCGCUACAGUACAUAUUUGUCAUGCGCAGGUUCAAGUCUAUUCUGUAGUGUCCCUCCUGUAAUAUUAACCCGUUAGAUCAGCCGUGCAAACCUAAAGCACCCAUGUUUCCAGCGUUUCCUUUCUUACUCCUUCUGGAAAACCCGCGUCAUUUUGUUUCCUCAGUAUUUUUAUCUUUGCCGGUUUUGACACAACAAGUCAUUAACCAGCCCAAGGGGCUAUUUUUCCAAGAAAGCAAGGAUGAUUGAAUAUAAAAACAAAAUAGCGCAGCGUUGCAAAGAAAAUGCUUAUGCAAAAGUGAAUUGGAUCAUUUACUGUUGUUCUUAUUGUCCUCUCCUAUGUUUUAUUCCCUCUCUUUUUAAUUCUUAACAAAGGUUUCGUUCAAACCCAAAAAGACAGCCACAACAAACUAAAAUCAGAAGUUUUGGCUUCCUGCUUUCCUUGGGAUUUCUUUUUAAACUUUAUAAAAGCAAGUAUUCACCAUCAAUAAAUAUGGCUGUCGAUUUUCAUCGUCUUUCACAAAAUUAUUGUUCAAUCUCGUUCGGUUUUUUUAGUACACCAUGUUUCAUUGUUUUAUACACCAAUGAGGGCCGCCAUGAAAUCAUGUGAAAACAAUGUAUAAACUUAACCGUUUAGUAUUAUGUUGAAGAACCUUACUGGGGACUAGCAGGUUCUAGCAACAAACAGCAAGACAGACGAGUACUUGUUCAAUGACUCUCUUUAAUUCUUCUGUAAGGUGUCACGAAGUUAACGCAACUUGUGUUUCACAAUUCUCUACAAGAUCAGUGUUACACGCAUUUUUAUAUCAGCCAGGAAACCAGCUGCUUAGCGCAAACCGAAUGCUGACGUAAGCCCAAUCCGAUUGGUUAAAACAGCUUCAUUAGCAUGAAACCUUCGAGAUAAUUGCUUUGUCGAAAUGACUCUUUAACCGAAGUUUUCAUUGCUAAGCCUAAGUCAACUGGCCAAUAUAAAACUAUUAGAACAAUAUAAAAACUACAAGGUAUAUACCAUUAAACAGACUUUUCAUACUAACAGAUAGGAAAGUACUAAAAUUACAGUUUGAAAAUUCAAGGUUGUUGUCAAUUUACAGAAGGUGUUAAGCUUCUUCAUCGAAGAUGAUUGGCUACAACUUUUCCAUAAUUUAACCACGAACGUGAUCGCAAACUCAAAGGGUAAAUUAAAAAUGCAGUUCAAAGUACAAGGCAGAAUUUAAAACAAUAGUUGUUUGAUUACAAAAACACCUAUAAAAUCACUAAGCUUAAUUAAAGUUAUCCACUGCCAAGAAUUCGGUUAAAAACUCGGGGAAACACGCCUAAAACUCUAAAAGAAAACAAGCAGGGUAGUAGUUCCUGGUAAAUAUGGAAGAAAGACCAGAUUAAGGUCAAAAAUGUCAAACUAGACAAAAUACUUAAUAUAAACAAGGCUUUGUCAUCUGCCAAAGGCUCUAAUUAAACAUAUCUCAAGAACAGAAGUGUUACCGCGGAGAUGUACCAGCUCGGUACAUCUCCUUUGUACCGAAUUCAUGUCAGGAGAAACUUUCUAUCGAUCAUCAAUUAACUUAGAAAAACCAAUACUACUAGUAGUGAAGUAGCUUACUCAAACUAAUCAACAAGAACGCUUACAACAACUCCACUAUAAACAUAUAGUGUAACAAUUGUCACAAGUGGCUAACGUAACUCUUCAAUCAACAUUUUCCUUCAACAAGACCAAGGAGAAUGAAUCAACAGAAAUCAUUUUCUCAUUUCGGGAGAGGAUGUCGUUUGAUCAGUGCUGAUGCGUAGGAGUUAACACCAAGUAAAAUGAGUCAAAUUGCUUUUUAUGAUAUUUUUCCUUAACCUAUAAAUAUUUCCCGAAACGAAUGAAUUUUGCAAUAAAUCCCAAACACCGAAUAAAAUUCCUUAAUAAUUUUAAGUCAAAAGCGUGCGCACUGCGAACAUUUUCCAUUGCUUCCAUUUUUAUUGUUUAACAAUUAUAGAGGUAACAACAAGAAUUCAAAUAUAAUUGCGUGACAAGGUAUCACUCUUGGUUCCAAGAAAAUAAAAAUAAUCUAUUAUUACCCUUGAGAAACGCAGUAAGUUAGUGGGCCAAUCAGAUUCCUCAUGGAGUUUCCAAGAAUAAAUUUCUUCCUGUUUAUUUCUAGCAGCAUCUCUAAAUCGUUUUCAGAUCAGUUUCCCUCAUUAUACUUAAGCGCAAUGCAUGAGAUAGAAGAUCAACGCAAAGUUGUUUGUUUUCUUCAGCCCAAUUUUACUGAUGAACUAAAAAGCGGGGAAGCUGGUGGAAAGCAAUUUACCGUGACAGUCUUUGACGACUGCGAUACCAUCCAUGUCCGGGUUCUCCGUGAUAAUAAAUCUUCUCAAACUGGGACCGAAAAGAGAGUGGCAUUCAAGGUCUUUAAAGAGCUACCCCCAUCUUCGGAAAUCCUUGACAUUUGUACCGAUUUGAUUUCCAACCUUCCAACGCUUGAUGAGCCGCAGGUUGCAAUCCUGGUUUCCGAAGACGAUCACGUUAGAGCUUGCGUACGACCAAAGUCUUCCGAAUCCUUAGAGCAAGCGGCUGUCUUGCGCCAGCCACGAAAGGCCCAGCUCUAUUCUCGAAGUCACGGCAUAUUGGAGUCGAGUCUUUUAGAGAACCGUAAGGUUGCUGUUGUUGGCCUCGGAAGUGGUGGCUCUCCUGUCAUUAUAGAACUUGCCAAGGCUGGAGUGGGCAAGUUUGUGCUGGUCGAUUUCGAUCGCUUUGAGCUUCAUAACAUCGUCCGCCAUGUCUGUGGCCUAAGCGAUCUAGGGCGCUUAAAGACCAAUGUCAUGCGAGACCGUGUUCUGGAUAAGAACCCAUUUGCUGAGGUGGAGAUCUUCAAUACCAACAUCAACAAUGCAGAAGAGGCUAGAAAAAUAUUCCAAGGAUGCGACCUUAUUAUUGCUGCCACCGACAAUAUCAGGAGCCGGCUUAACAUAAACACCUUGUCUAUAGAGCUGGGUAUUCCAUCCCUCUAUGGAAAAUGUGCUGUUAGAGCUGCCGGAGGUGAGGUGCUGCGAGUUAGGCCCAAAGUUGGCCCAUGCUUCUCAUGCAUUUAUGCCGACGCGUCGAUGGAAGCAGCUGCAGAGGAGAUGUCAUCCUUCCGCCAAGCGCGCGAGGCUAAUCCACCAUACGUCGGCGAUGAUGAAGUAAAAGCCACGAUUCAGGUCGGGCUGUCUUCAGAUAUCAUUCCCAUUUCUAACAUGCUGGUGAAGCUAGCCCUGGUGGAGCUGUGCCGCGGAAAAGAUAGCGCAUUGGCGACUUUGGAGACCGACCUAGAAGCUCCAUUCUACAUGUGGGCAAAUCGCAGAGAGCAGCAGUUUGCAGGGUACCCAGCAGAUGGCUUCCAGAGGUUUGACAAGCCUGCAAUUCUAAGGUGGUAUCCAAUGAUGAUCGAAAGAAAAUCUGACUGCAAAACGUGUCAAGAUAUGGAAGUCAGUGAAGAAAAUGUCGAUUUUUUCGCUGGUAAAUAAUUUUUUGUCUAAUUGACUGCAUUUUUAAAUGGAAAAGCUGCAAAAAAUGUCAGAACUAUCACUUGACUGCAUUUUUAAAGAGAGAGGCUGCAAAAAUUGUCAAAAUUAUCACGAUUUGGGGGACAACUCGGGUUUAGUUUUCUGUGUAAAGCACAUGACGUAGCUGAUCUUGUAUUGUAGCGAUCGUGAAUAAAAUAUUGUUAAGAUGAAGUUUCAAAUGUUUCUUUUGACUUUGUUUUCUGUGACCCUUACAUGACAAUGUCGUCAGUCACGUCACUCAAAAUCACUUUCCGGGAAAUAUGGUACGUCAAAUGAAAACAUCUGGGAAUUUAGAUUUUAACUGCUAAUCGAAAUGCGUCUAAACCAUAGUUCUGUCCAGCCCUAGAAAAUGAGAAUAAAAGGUAAAAAUCUCUCUUAAUUAUCAGACUGACUAAUCUCUUGGCCAAUUCUAUUUAAGCAACAAGAAUACAGGUUUUAUUUAUUUAUUCAUUCAUUUAUUUUCAUCUUGUUAACUUAUUUUAUUUGAAACAGGCAUUACGAAAGCCGUAAAGGGAAGUUUUCUUAGUUCUGAGUCUUAAGUGAGCAGUUUAUUCGGCGCUUUGGUCGUAGUCUUUCCCUUAGCCGGUCGGGUAAACCUUUUUGGUUAAGAAAGUUUAUUUCAUUUGAAACAACUAAUAAUAAUAAUAAUAAUAAUAAUAAUAAUAAUAAUUGAAAUAAAAUGCAAGCAUUCUGCUUUAACACUAAAUUUAAUACAUUCUCGGACAAGAUUAUUUUCCAUGGCCACUCUUCCUACAGAAGCUUAGCACAUACUUGCAACAGCUAACAACCUCAGUAGUUACUCUGUAAUAGAACUGUACUGUAUGUUCGCCAGUUCACAAUGUCGGAAAACAGUUGAGGAUUAUUUCCAUGAAUUGGCUACUCAGUGAAUAAACUAAAUCGUGUCCACGUAGAAGUCUUUCGAUUACUACCAAAGUUUAGUCAAUCUUAAAUGUGAAACACAACAAACAAGAGCAUAUGUAAAACAGUCUUUCCAAGAAUUCAUGAGAAAAAUAUUCCGUCGGGGUCAAUUGAUCCUGAUUUCCCUUAACGCAUGAGGCGCGAUCCACCGUGCGCAACGUCUUGCUCAUCCAAACUGAAAAAGCCCCCGGAUCCAGCUUUGUUCAUGUCAAGCAUGACAGUCCUGUCAGCCGAGUUGUGUGCUUCAUGUUGUGGUUUCACCAUCAAUUUUCCUGUAGCAGGGUCAAAUACUAACGACUCAGAGCUUCCUCCUCUGUUCUCAAGAUGUUGUUGAAUACGUUGCGGGUUGGACGACAUCUUUGGCCUUUCACUUGAUAGUAAGUCCUUUCUAUGCGGUAGACGAACUGGAGAGAGCUUGGGACGUGCAACUAGCUAUUCGCCAAGUUUAUGAUUGAUGUUUGCCUCUGUUCUCUAGUGCGCUUUCCUUUUCAGAAUUUCGUUCUCGCAAAAGGUAUGAUGUCAUUGUUAUAUUUGCGUUUUCUUGGAAGGGUCUUUUGUGACUCUCUCGUGUCGUACCUAUUAUGGAAAAAAAGGCGGAAGUUGUGAGACGUAUUUGGAAAGGGGCUUUUCCCGGAUAAAAACAACUAGAAAAAUCAUCUAAUUUUACCCUUACAAAAGGAAAGCACGUCAACAGAACUUACUUGCCCUAGACGGCUUAAGGAAAGAGCUUAAACAGAAUGGACUCAACAGAGAAAAGCAACGCAAAGAGCUUAAGAGAAUUUGACUUUCACUUUGUGACACAAAAGGACACAGAAACGAAAGCAGAAGAUGGAAGUACUACGACUGUAACAUCCGAGGUGGUGGCAAGCAGACUUAAGGUCAUUGCUCAAGGCGGACAGGACAGCACAAGGAAAGAAAGAUUAGUUUUUGACCUGCACAGCGGGAAAUUAACUGUUGAGAGUGGCCCAGAGUCUCAGACCCAAAUUGAAGCGAAAUCACCAGACAGGCAAGUCAUAGAGGGAAUGGCUACUAGUGGAUGGUUUUGUUGGAGAAGCUUGUAACAAAGACAUUUCCCGAUCCUUAAAACAAACUUGUGUUUCAGUCUCAAGUACUAAAAUUCCUCGUAGAACCCCGAGCUCUGGCAAUACUUGUAUUACAGUCGUUUAUAUUUUAUAUUUAAUUUCAAGUUUACAUAUUCAGUCGGCGUCACUCUGUAGCAAAGCUGAAUUGUCUGAUCAUAAAUCAAUGAUAUUUAAAGAUAUCAUAUCGCAAGCAGUAAGAUUUCUCAGUAAGUCACAUAUUCGGAUUCUGCGGGCUUCUUUAUGUCUAGUUUCCAGUAGCAAAGAAGCUAAACAAAUUUUCACCACUGGGUUUUUGAAGUGUAGAAUAAACAUAAAGAGGCACCAAUUAUGAUAAUUCAAAAAUAUUCACAGCCCUUUCAUAGAUUAUUUCUGAGGAAAUAAGUAAAUGGAAAUGUAAAAAAAAUUAACAAAGCGCCACAUUUACUUCAUCAGUUGCUUAAAGUUGGCCUUAUUUUAAGUCACGAACACUGUUUAAGUAAAAUAUUUCAGACACAGAAACUUGAAUUGAUAAAUACUUUCGAAAAUUGAAUGACAUAUUAUCAUUUGGCGGGCAAAAGUCGAAAAAGCAAACACAAACAUUUUCUAAGAAACCUAGUAAUCCCUGAAUUUAAUAUGCAAAAACUAAUCACUGGCAUAUCGAAUAAAAACAUUUCCUAGAAAAUGAGGAAGACUUAAUUAUAACAGCUCUCAAGCAUGAAGUUCUAAUUAAGCGAAACGUAAAAUCCAAAAUAUGUUGAUUGAAUAGAAAUUUACGUUUUGUGUUUACGUUAGCUAUAGUUCAAAAGAUAAUCAAUAAAAUAAAGGUGCCAAGGAAGGACCUAAUCGUAGAAACAUUGCUACCCUAAAAUCAGGAACUCAACCGAGCAUGAAUCCCUGCCCAGUGGCGAUUUUAACGUACUUUGUAUCUAGAUCUACAUAUUUUGACAUUACAGCUGUAUUGAAAAUCGUCUUUUUGCUCAAUCAAAUGACGCUACCGUGGUAGAACAUUAUCAAUGUUAUUUUUCGAUCAGUUUGCGCGUUUUAAUAUUUGGUGCCCAAAACAAAUUAAAUCGGUAAAUCUUUUCGGUCCACUUUGUACCCAACUUUUCUUAUGCUAGCAGGACACAGACACCUCCAACCUACUUAAUCUUUUCCUUAGCCUUACGACUGCUGUUUAGGUAGAAGACCUUUUCCAAGAACUUUGUAAUAUCCAGCACGGACAACCUAUUCAAUAACUGGGACCGGGUCACGUCAUGUCAGUUGUCAAAGAAAAAUGGCUGCCUCCUGUAUCUGCAGCUAACUGAGAAGAGCGAGUGGCUUCUCGCAGUAGAAGCUCGUAGUGUUAAGAAUAAACUAUAUAAAGACAUCUUUCGUUUUUGAAAAGGAUCUAAUCGCGUCAACGAACUCGUAUGAAAAUGUCGCGUCACACAACUGAAGUAACGUAACAAAGACUAACUUAUUUAACAAGAUUAUAUUCAUAACUUGAAACCGUUCGAUGUAUUCUCAUCUCAGAUAUAACGGUCAUAGUUAUCGUGAGUUUCUAUUAACAGAAAACAAGCCACAAGAAUCCUUCAGCAAGCACAAUAUUCUGUCAAGAACCACACAACAAGUAGAAUCACUAAAAUCGGUUUCAUUUUGUCCCGAAAUACUACGAAAUGGAUUUGGAGGAAAUGUUAACGGGACAACAUCAGAGACAGGUUUCUAAGAAAGCGACUUCUUAAAUUCAAGAUGUAAAAAAAGCUCAGUGACGUCGCCUGAUGAAAAACAUUUCCUAGAAAAGAAGGAACACUUACUUCUAAACUGCUGUGAAACAUUCAGUUGGCAGAUUAUACAGCUCAUGGGUUGAAAUUCCUCUUCUCAGGGCUAAAUUUUAAAGCACAUAUUUACAAGUUUUCUAAGUGAAAUAUGUCGGUUUCGGUCAGCAAUAUUUAAAACAAUAAGCUCGAAGGAGGCUAACGAAUUCAACGUGGAAGCUGAUAUUUUUCCAUGAAAUCACGCUUUUCAUUGCGCAUGAUUCCCGGCAUAGUGGCUUGACGGAAGACGCCAUUUGUACACAGUUCUAAACGCUUCGACAGCGAGUGUGCAGACGAGUGCCCUUUUUAUUCAAUUUGGCGAUGGAAAAACCAAGCAUGAGUAACCCGACUGUUUAUAUGUUUAAAGAGGAUAAGGAAAUCAUAAAACAACUUGUUGCAGAGCAUAAAGGUAGCGAGACGAGCGGUGAUCUGUUUGGCCUUUGGACAGAAGACAACAAAGCCGUCAUACACUUAGCUACAGGGCAGUCCGGGAGGGGAAAGGAGCCCACCGAAAGUUCUGGAACAUCGCCUAAAAGCAAAGACAACCUAAAGAGUAUUAGAAAACCUUUAUGUGAAAACUAUGGUUUGCUACGCAUUGGGAAAUGGCACUACCAAAGUGACACAAAGCUAAAGCGCAGAGAAAUAGCAGAAUUCCUUCGCAAAGACGAACCUCUUUGGAAGAAAGAUAAAGCUAAAGUUCAAUAUAAUUUGAUUAUCGUGGCAAAUCAUGAAAACUCGGAUCUUUCGCCCUACAUAGUGUCAAAAACGUCAAUCUCAACCAAAGGUAAUAUUGAACUUCUCCAUGGUGAAAGCCCCUUCAGGAAACUUGAUGAAAUAAGAAAAAUGAUCGGGGACGCGUCGGUGCAAGAUGAUGGAAGGAACGAAAGUCAAGGAGACGUCAAGAUGAACCCAGCCGACAACGAAAGCGACGGCGAAACAAGAGUGACUACUUAUACUAAUUCUUUACAGGCUAUUCCGAGAAAAAGUGACAUUGAUUCCUUUAAUGCCGAAGAAAGGACAAGAGAGUCUCGUCCUCUACCAGAACUUACAAAUUUCACAGCCAAUGACUUAAAGGUAUACAUGUUUGAAAAAGACAUAGAAAUGGUGCAGAGGCUUGUUCUCCGGUAUCCAGAUGUAGAAACCGGUGGAGACCUGUUUGGCUUGUGGACCACCGAGGGUGAUGCUGUCCUGCACAUUGUUCUCGGCCCGGGUAGAAACUGCUGCCGGACAGACGUGUCCUUCAACCAAGAUAUUCCUUAUUUGCAAAGGAACGGUGAACUGCUGACUGAAAAUUACAUGUUAGGCCACAUUGGAGAGUGGCACUCCCACCAUCAACUGCGCCUUUUCAAGCCCAGCCAGGGUGACUCAUCUACAGUGAUAAGGCAUUUUCCGAGGGGUGCAGUUUAUGGCUUUCUCCUGAUCAUCGCCAAUAUCGUGGCACUCGAUAAAGUAAAGCUAUCGCCAUAUCUGUAUACUGAGAAUUCGACUUUUACUUAUAGCAGAAAAGGAGAGGUUGUUCCUUUGCAAGCUCAGAACGUCUUCAAGGAAUUGCGUGAUAUUCAGGAUGCCAUAAAAGAGGGGAAAGAAACAAAAACAGACGUUCGUUUACAACGUGAGCAGGCGGCGCGUUCCCGACACUACGAAAAGUCUGUGGGAGUGGGUUGCACUCGGCAAGGCAAGCCACCUAAGAGCUGCACCCGUUCAAAUGCCGACAGGCGGCACAACCUCGUUGAACCUAUGGAGGUGGAUCACGACUACAACCCUCAUAAAAGUGCAUCUAAAAAAGGGAAACUUUACUAGACACUGCCUGCAGGCCAUCGAUCGAUCGUCUUUAGUACCACUAUAGCUACUGUAUUUAGCCACUCUCAUUGCUGCUCGAAAUCAAUGUCCAUAUUUUCUUAUAAAAUGGCGUUUUCUAUAAGUUUAAGUCGGUUCUUGUCUGAGGCCCAUUCCAUCGUUCCGAACACUGACUCAGUAGCAUGAAUGGCUGAUAUCAUGAGAAACGGGAUCUUUUUGUUAAAGUUUUUGAUUCCAGACGGGCCAAUCUAACGUAAUAAAAAUGGAUUGCCUCUGGUUUUACACUUAGGUGCCCAAGACUUACUACACUUCUGAUCUGUUGUACAAAUUCAGGCUCGUUGUUAUAGAUAUAUUUUCAACGCAAGUUCAUUGGAACUUGCCAGAGGGUAAGGGUAAAUUUGUCCGAAUUAUACCUCCUCUAAGAAAUAGUAUUAAUCAGGUGAACAUAAGUUGUUUGAGCAUCGGCCAAUGGCAUAACUUAUCGACGGAAAUACAGAAGAGCUAGACAAAACGCUUUUCUAUGGUCCAUCGUAAGCUAGUUGGGGCGGUUGUUACACUACACAUUCAUUCAGUAUAUUCAUAUGAACACUUAUAUACAUUCAACGAUUAGUGUGAUUUUUUUUUAACUUGGUGAAAUAGAUAGUGGAUUGAUACGAACUACUACUCUCUAAUUUCAUUGUUUUCUUUUAUUUGCUUUUAACUACUUGGAACUAAAAUCACUCUAUACAAAAACUUAUCCAAUAAUUACUUAAAGAGCAAACGUUAUCCGCCAUUGCAAGGUAGUGAUUUUAAUUCCACAAUUGAUGCUAAAAAGAAACAAAACUGCCUGAGAGACUGGCCUAGAGAAACUCUCUCUCCUCACUGUGAAGAGAUAACAGCAAACUCUUACUCACGACAAGAGAUCGUAAAGGGAGAUCGAAAAUAAAACUAAAAAUAUAUACAUUCUUUGGGCCCAAAACACUGAAAACCCCUUAUAGGAAACUGCGUGUGAGCAAGCUCACACCCCCAACCAUGGUUUAAGUUGGGUAAUUUCCACCCUGGCCCCCGCCGCUCACCCCACCCACCUACUCCGAAGGAUUUCUGCAGCGAAGAAGUACUUUGGCAUUCAUAUUCCCAGGGAUCCAUAUCAGCGUUCGUCAGGUCGUCCGUAAUAUCAUUCGGACGAUUAUAAUAACAAAAAACGGGUUAGAAAACCCUCGGAGUUUGAACUUUUUCAUAUGACAGAAUUUUACAGACAUAGUCAUGACAUUUACAUUGUUAACAAUACAAAUUUCUGAGCAAACCAAAACAACAGUUGUUUUGCUGCUGCGGUAUUUAACAAAUUGAGAAACCCCGAACGAUCUGGUAGAAAACUUCAUCAUGUUGAUAAACUUAAUAUAUUUAAUAUUCUUUAAAGGAAAACAAUACUCUUAGCGGAUGACAUAUAAUUUACAUAGCCAUGGCUAACUUCCGCUCUUUCUGGGAAAUGACUUAUAUUGCCACGCAUCAGAGAAAAUGGGUCUGGAGUUUGUUUGAAGACUCGCUCGUAAAUACAAAACAGUCAAAACUUGUUGCAGAAGGCGAGGCAAAGAACUUGACCCUCCAAUAGGGAAUAUGAUUAAAGAACAGCUCGCCAUUUCUAAGAAAUCACUGAUUUUGCCACGCAUGAGCAAAAGUUUCCCGUCGUUGGCACAACCGCGUUUGUUUGAGGACUCGCUCGUAAACGCCAAACAGCCAUGGAAGUGUUGCACCAAGCUUUCGUCUUCCAAAAGGAAUUAAACGCACUUCUAUUGAAGGCAGAGCAAGAAAAUCAAGGAGCUCUGUACGGUUUGUGGACCACAGACGGAGAGCCUGUUAUUCACGUUGUUGGUGGUCGAAACAGUUGUUCAAGGAUUGACAAACGUAGCUCAAAUCUCCCCGACUUCGUGGACAAUGGUUUUCCCCUUGUGCACAUUGGUAAUUGGCGCUCCGACGAUACUACCAUGCCACUUAAUCAGAAGACGCUACCACAAAUCGACGAUUUAAGAUGCAUCCAUGAGACCAACUCCUCGGACAAAUUUCUAGACGUCAUCAUUUCGGGGACAACGCUACAAGUUUCAAUAGAAGGCAGAAAAAUGGAACUCGAGACUCUUCCCGCCUUAGAAAGCCCGUUUAGUCCCUUGGAGAGGACAAGAAGAAUUAGCAUUGAAAGUCAGAAAGAAGAUCUUAAGCAAGCUACAGACGCCUUUAAGAAACUGUCAAUCACUGGCGACAACUUAGCAACACGGGGAGAGAUUCUGAGCCAUUCAAUCGAUGAAAAUAAGCAGGCUGUAAACAUAAACGAAAGAUCUCAUUUGCUAGAAGACCCGAUCUACCUUCGCAGGCAGGAAUAUCAGAAAGAAUUUGCAGUUAACAGGCACGAUUUCAAGGUCUUCAUGUUUGAAGAAGACUACCAAAUGAUGGUAAGCCUGGUUCUCAACUACCCAGAUCUAGAAACUGGUGGCGACCUGUUCGGUUUGUGGACCGCCAACGGUGACGCUGUGCUACACGUUAUACUUGGACCAGGCCAAAACUGCAAACGCACGGGAGCUUCCUUUUAUCAAGAUAUCGGCUAUCUGCAGAGAAACGGCGAACUGCUUACUAAAGACUACAUGCUCUGCCACAUAGGAGAAUGGCACUCGCAUCAUCAGUUACAUCUUUUUCAGCCAAGUGGGGGUGAUUCAUCCACUGUCAUUCGAAACUAUCCACGUGGAGUGUGUGGCUUCCUUUUGAUCAUCGCUAACAUUGUAUCAUCUCAAAGAGUGCAGCUGUCUCCCUACCUUUAUACGAAGAACUCCAGUCAUAGUUAUGAUCUAAAGGGAGUGCUUACGGUUGUGCGUGUUCCAAAUCUUUUUAAAAGCACAAGAAAGAUUAAAGAGAACAUGGAUCAAGGGAGGGAAGUA